AUGACUAUCCCAUUGUCCAUUGCAGUAAACCUCGUGUUUGUCAAGACCACAGACUGGUUCCCUGAAUAUGUCCCUUACAUUUUGUAUAUCGUUGGACCCGGCGUAUCAAUUAUUUGUUCCUUGGCACUCAACAUUGUCAGCAUUUCAAGCGUCAAAUCUACACGUGGUGACCGUACCUUAUCGAUACUCAACCUGGCGUUGAUGAUUGCUGUUAUCGUUUACAACACGCUUAAAUCCGGUGUGGUGCCUUGGACGCCUCAACCAAACGAAGACGCACCUUCUUCAGCCACGCCUGGUUUUGCCACCUAUUGCAGCAAUUAUCAUAACAGCACUGAUGCCAACCGUUGCUGGCUCACGGAUGGUAUGUGGUUGGGAUCCUUGUUGAUUGCUGCUUUCUGGUUACUGCUUGCAAUCUACGUCUAUGCACAAAAGAGUUCAGAUAUCUACGAUGAUGAUUACGACGUGUAUGAUUUCAAGGAAGAUGUUCCCAUGGCAGUGACUUCACCUACGGCUCAACAUGAUUAUCAUGCAUCAUCGCCUACUCAUGGAUCCUCGCCCAAAGCAGCUGCAGCUGGAGCCGAUUACAAUGCUGGUGGCUAUUAUGGUCAAGGUUAUCGAGAAUACGACAGCUACUAUGACUAUCCACCCCAAUCGCCUUAUGGUGGAUACAGUCAACCAGCUGCUACUGCUGGUGGCUACUCUGGUGGUGGUGGUGCAUACGCAUACAAUGACACGGCACACAUGUUAUCCGAGAACGCAAUGGAACAGCAACAUCCUCAAUACUAUUCACCUCACUUGAAUAACGCCAAUGUUGUUACCAGCCAACCCGUAUCUACACCAGGUACCAGCACCGUUCAUACACACCAAACUCCCAACGCUUAUUAG